GGAGCUUUUGGAAGGGAAUCUCAAUCUUAUCUUAACUCCUAUAAGUUUGCUAUUUUAAGGUGGCUCUGAGAUGCCUCGAGCAAAUCAAAGCUUAGCUGCUGUCAUCAGUAUCUGUUGCAGUUAGAAACUCUUUCCAUGUGCCUUUGGCUGUGUUUCCACUCAUAUGCAAUAUUUAUGCUCCAAGAUAUUGAUAUCAAUCAGAAGCCGAAGUCUUUCCAGUGGUGUUUAGUGGCCUGCUUGGAAAAAUGCCAUUUCCAUUUAUAAUAAGAGAAGAUAAAAAUAUUAAAAUGGAUGUGUUCAAAUAUAGUCCGUUUUGACUGGUCUGGAUUUCUUUCCCCCCCGUCUCUGUCUGUUCAUCAGACAGAGAACUUAACAAAAUCCUAAAUAAUCCUGCUGGGCUAUUUUAGAUUGCUUUUCCCACACAACAGAAAAUAACGAUGCUGAUUCCUUUAAAACUCCGGCUGUGGUGGGGAAAAGAAAAAAAAAAAAACCGCCUUGCAGUGCAAGGUUUUCCUUUCGCCUCGGUGGCAGGGACGCCAAUGGUUAAAUCUCCGUGUACCACGAGAGCUGCCUGAAGCCGGCGAGAGAAUAGAGUUUAUGCAGGACUGUGUGUGGAGCUGCUCGCUGCUCGUGUAAAAAUAGACGGCAAUACAUCAAUUCCACAGCCUCUGCUGACUACAAUUCAUACAGGGGGAAACACGCAAGCGCGCUCGUCGUCAUCUCGGGAGUCCGGCAGGGGGCCCGGGGACCUGGGCGUGUUUGCAGGCAGCACCACGCGACGUGCUCGGAAAGUUUGGGCAACUUGGGAAACAAGCAGAACUUUUCUGUGCACUCUGGUGAGAUGGAGCCGAGUGGAACUGCACCGAGGAUCCGAGCUGCUAACAAUGAAUCUGGCGAGGGACUUCGGGUGCUUCCUCCGGGUGGCUGGAGGCACGUAGGUGUGCUGCUCUGGUUGGUGAAGACCAGCCUCUUUGCCCAGAUCUUCCUGAACUUGAUCUUUCUGAACUAGAUGUGAAUGACUUGGAUACAGACAGCUUUCUGGGUGGACUCAAGUGGUGCAGUGACCAAUCAGAAAUAAUAUCCAACCAAUACAACAAUGAGCCUUCAAACAUAUUCGAGGUCAGAGGGAGAACCUGAACGCUUUCAUAUAUCCAAACAUUUGAAGAUAGAUGAAGAGAAUGAGGCAAACUUGCUAGCAGUCCUCACUGAGACCCUGGACAGUCUCCCUGUGGAUGAAGACGGAUUGCCUUCAUUCGAUGCGCUGACAGAUGCUGACGUGACCACUGACAACGAGGCCAGCCCUUCCUCCAUGCCGCACGGCACCCCUCCCCCUCAGGAGGCAGAAGAGCCGUCUCUACUUAAGAAGCUCUUACUAGCACCGGCCAACACUCAGUUAAGUUAUAAUGAAUGCAGCGGUGUCAGUACCCACAACCAUGCAAACCAUAAUCACAGGAUCAGAACAAACCCCGCAGUUGUUAAGACUGAGAAUUCAUGGAGCAAUAAAGCGAAGAGCAUUUGUCAACAGCAAAAGCCACAAAGACGUCCCUGCUCGGAGCUUCUCAAGUAUCUGACCACAAACAAUGACCCUCCGCACACCAAACCCGCAGAGAACAGGAACAGCAGCAGAGACAAAUGCAACUCCAAAAAGAAGUUCCACUCACAGUCGCAGUCGCAACAUGUGCAAGCCAAACCAACAACUUUAUCUCUUCCUCUGACCCCAGAGUCACCAAAUGACCCCAAGGGUUCCCCAUUUGAGAACAAGACUAUUGAACGAACCUUAAGUGUGGAACUCUCUGGAACUGCAGGCCUAACUCCACCCACGACUCCUCCUCAUAAAACCAACCAAGAUAACCCUUUCAGGGCUUCUCCAAAGCCGAAGCCCUCUUGUAAGACCGUGGUGCCACCACCAUCAAAGAAGGCCCGGUGCAGUGAGACUUCUUGUACCCAAAGCAGUAACUCCGCCAAGAAGGGGCCCGAGCAAUCCGAGUUGUACGCACAACUCAGCAAGUCCUCGGUGCUCGGCAGUGGGCCCGAGGAGAAGAAGCCUAAGAGGCCCAGCCUGCGGCUGUUUGGUGAUCAUGACUAUUGUCAGUCAAUUAAUUCCAAAACAGAAAUACUCGUUAAUAUAUCACAGGAGCUUCAAGACUCCAGGCAACUAGACUAUAAAGAUGCCUCCUCUGAUUGGCAGGGGCAGAUCUGCUCUUCCCCAGAUUCAGACCAGUGCUCCCUGAGAGAGACGUUGGAGGCCAGCAAGCAGGUCUCUCCUUGCAGCACCAGGAAACAGCUCCAAGACCAGGAAAUCCGAGCCGAGCUGAACAAGCACUUCGGUCAUCCCAGUCAAGCUGUUUUUGACGACGAAGCAGACAAGACCAGUGAACUGAGGGACAGUGAUUUCAGUAAUGAACAAUUCUCCAAACUACCUAUGUUUAUAAAUUCAGGACUAGCCAUGGAUGGCCUGUUUGAUGACAGCGAAGAUGAAAGUGACAAACUGAGCUACCCUUGGGAUGGCACGCAAUCCUAUUCAUUGUUUGAUGUGUCUCCGUCUUGCUCUUCUUUUAACUCUCCGUGUAGAGAUUCCGUGUCACCACCCAAAUCCUUAUUUUCUCAAAGACCCCAAAGGAUGCGUUCUCGUUCAAGGUCCUUUUCUCGGCACAGGUCGUGUUCCCGAUCACCAUAUUCCAGGUCAAGAUCAAGGUCCCCAGGCAGUAGAUCCUCUUCAAGAUCCUGCUACUACUAUGAGUCAAGCCACUACAGACACCGCACACACCGAACUUCCCCCUUGUAUGUGAGAUCACGUUCAAGAUCACCCUACAGCCGUAGGCCCAGGUAUGACAGCUACGAGGAAUAUCAGAACGAAAGGCUGAAGAGAGAAGAAUACCGCAAAGAGUACGAGAAGCGGGAAUCGGAAAGGGCCAAGCAAAGGGAGAGGCAGAGGCAGAAGGCGAUUGAAGAGCGCCGCGUGAUUUAUGUGGGUAAAAUCAGACCUGACACAACACGGACAGAACUGAGGGACCGUUUUGAAGUUUUUGGUGAAAUUGAGGAGUGCACAGUAAAUCUGCGGGAUGAUGGAGACAGCUAUGGUUUCAUUACCUACCGAUACACCUGUGAUGCUUUUGCUGCUCUUGAAAAUGGAUAUACUUUGCGCAGGUCGAACGAAACAGACUUCGAGCUGUACUUUUGUGGACGCAAGCAAUUUUUCAAGUCUAACUAUGCAGACCUAGAUUCAAACUCAGAUGACUUUGACCCUGCUUCCACCAAGAGCAAGUACGACUCUCUGGAUUUUGAUAGUUUACUGAAAGAAGCUCAAAGAAGCUUGCGCAGGUAACAUGUUCCCUGGCGGAGGAUGACAGAGGGCUGGUGAAUACCUCACGGGACAGUGCGCCCUUCCCUAACAGACAACUGAAAGUCAUACUUAGGAAUUUCUCCUCCUUUACACUCUCUGUACAAAAACAAACAACAACAGCAACAAUACAACAACAACAACAACAACAAUGGUUUACAUGAACACAGCUGCUGAAGAGGCAAGAGACAGAAUGCUAUCCAGUAAGCACAUGUUUAUUCAUGGGUGUCAGAUUUGCUUUCCCUGGAGUCUCUCGGUGAUGGUGUGUGUGUGUGUGUGUGUGUGUGUGUGUGUAUGCAUGUGUGCUUGCCUGGUUUGGGGGAAGUAUGUGUGCGUGCCUGUGGGGACUGAGGGCACCUGACCAGAGUGUGCAAGGGCAAACCACUUCAAAUGGCAGCAGUUCCAUGAAGACACACCUAAAACCUAGAACUUCAAAAUGUUCGUAUUCUAUUCAAAAGGAAAAAAAAAAUGUCAGUUAAAAAGGAAAGAAAACUAAUCAACCAACCAACCAAUCAACCAACCUCAAACCACCCUAAAAUGACAGUUGCUGGUGUCUGAACAUCGGCCUCCGUACUCUAUUUUUUAAGAAAGUGCAAAAUCAACUUGAAGCAAGCUUCCUCUUGCAACGUAAUGAUUAUAUGACAAUCCCGAAGAAACCACAGGUUCCUAGAACUAAUAUCCUGUCUUUCUCUCUCUCUCUCUCUUUCUCUCUCUCUCUCUUCUUUUUUCUUUUUCCUUUUGCCAUGGAAUCUGGUGGGAGAGGAUACUGCGGGCACCAGAAUGCUAUACUUUCCUAACAUUUUGAAGUUUCUGUAGUUCGUCCUUUGUCCUGACACCCAUGUAAAUGUCCAAAAUGUUGACCUUCCACUACAAAUUUUAGCAGCCUUGUUAACGGUCAAGCGUGUCGCUUGUUCAGUGGUUCUCUCUGAGGAGUGGACACGGUGUUACAGUACUAAUGAGAGUUGGGUAGAACUCUCUGAGAUGUGUUCAGAUAGUGUAAUUGCUACAUUCUCUGAUGUAGUUAAGUAUUUACAGAUGUUAAAUGGAGUAUUUUUAUUUUAUGUACAUACUAUACAACGAUGUUCUUUUUUGUUACAGCUAUGCACUGUAAAUGCAGCCUUCUUUUCAAAACUGCUAAAUUUUUCUUAAUCGAGAAUAUUCAAAUGUAAUUAUGAGGUGAAACAAUUAUUGUACACUAACAUAUUUAGAAGCUGAACUUACUGCUUAUAUAUAUUUGAUUGUAAAAAACAAAGACAGAGUGUGUGUCCGUUGAGUGCAACCACAAAACAAUGCUCCACGCACAUCCACCCCUCCUUAGGUGAGCUUCCAUCUCAGCAUCUUGUCCAGCAACAGCCUCGUCCCCUACAGGUGUAACCACUUCUGCAAUGUUUUUCCACAUUUUCUUGUUGCUUGUUUUUCUUUGAAGUUUUAUACACUGGAUUUGUUAGGGGAAUGAAAUUUUCUCAUCUAAAAUUUUUCUAGACAAUAUCAUGAUUUUAUGUAAAGUCUCUCAAUGGGUAACCAUUAAGAAAUGUUUUUAUUUUCUCUAUCAACAGUAGUUUUGAAACUAGAGGUCAAAAUCUUUUUAAAAUGCUGUUUUGUUUUAAUUUUUGUGAUUUUAAUUUGAUACAAAAUGCUGAGGUAAUAAUUACAGUAUGAUUUUUACAAUAAUUAAUGUGUGUCUGAAGACUAUCUUUGAAGCCAGUAACUCUUUUCCCUUGGCAGAGUAUGAUGAUGGUAUUUAUCUGUAUUUUUUACAGUUAUGCAUCCUGUAUAAAUACUGAUAUCUCAUUCCUUUGUUUACUAAAGAGACAUAUUUAUCAGUUGCAGAUAGCCUAUUUAUUAUAAAUUAUGAGAUGAUGAAAAUAAUAAAGCCAGUGGAAAUUUUCUACCUAGGAUGCAUGGCAAUUGUCAGGUUGGAGUGUAAGUGCUUCAUUUGGGGAAUUCAGCUUUUGCAGAAGCAUUGUUUCUACUUGCACUAGCAUGGCCUCUGACGUGACCAUGAUGUUGUUCUUGAUGACCUUGCUUCUGCUAAAUUCAAUAAAAACUUCAGAAAAAACUCCAUUCUGAGCAUCAGGAUGUCGUCUGAGUGUGGAGUCCCUGGAAUGGAAUUCUCUAACGUUUGGAGUGUGUAUUUCAAGUUUCUGAGUUGAGAUUCGAUUACUGUUUGGCUGACAUGACUUUUCUGGAAGACACGAUAUACCUACUACUUAACCGUUCUUUUCCUCUCUCUCACCCAACACGAUCUUAUAAAAUGGGUUUCCACCCCCAGGCCAGUGCGGCUAAUUUUGACAGCUGCAUCAUUUAUCACCAGCAUAUUGUGUUCUGAGUGAAUCCACUGUCUGUCCUGUCGGAUGCUUGCUUGAUUUUUUGGCUUCUUAUUUCUAAGUAGAUAGAAAGCAAUAAAAAUACUAUGAAAUACAAGAACUUGUUCAAAGGUUCUGCGUUACAACAGUAACACAUCCUUAAUCCGCCUAAUUCUUGUUGUUCUGUAGGUUAAAUGCAGGUAUUUUAACUCUGUGUGAACGCCAAACUAAAGUUUACAGUCUUUCUUUCUGAAUUUUGAGUAUCUUCUGUUGUAGAAUAAUAAUAAAGACUAUUAAGAGCAAUAAAUUAUUUUUAAGAAAUCAAUAUUUAGUAAAUCCUAUUAUGUGUUCAAGGACCAGCUGUGUUCUCUAUUUUGCCUUUAAAUUUUUGUGAUCCAAUUUUAAAUACAUUCUCCUUUUGCCCUGGAUUGUUGACAUGAGUGAAAUACUUGGUUUCUUUUCUUACUUAUCCAAAAAAAAAAAAAAGACACUACAGAUUCCACCUGGAGAAUUCAUUUAUCUCCCCCCUCUGGCCUCACAAAUGUUGUUCCUAUGAAGACAGUUUUCCUCCAUGGACUUCGAAUUGCAUCUAAAAUUAGUGGAGCUUUUGUAUCUUGUGCAGACACUGUGGGUAGCCCAUGAAAAUAUAAGCUGUGUUCCUUUUACUUUUAAAUCUUUGGGAGAGAAUAUUUCAAAUGAACAUGUGUACCCCAUCAUCGCUAGAGGCAAAUUUCAGCAUAGAUCUGUAAGGUUUCUAGAUGACCGUGGGCCGUUGCCUUCAUGCUGUGGUAAGUACCACAUCUACAAUUUUGGUAACUGAACUGGUGCUUUAGAAAUGUGGGUUGUUUUUUUUUUUUUUUUAAUUUGUUGGUUUGUUUAAAGAGAUGUAGCAGAAUAAUUCUUCCAGUGCAACAAGAUCUAUUUUGGCUAAACAAUGCCGUGAACGACGGUAGGGCUGUCAACAUUCAGUGUAGCAGAGAGGGAACGUCUCCUUGUCGGGGUAUGAUGUUUGGGUCAGUUGACAAAAAAAAAGAAAGCUUUCCAUGCCUGUAGAUGUUGAGCUUACUGUAGGUAAUGAUUAUGUGUCCUUUUUCGAUGGCUGUAACGAGAACUUCAAUCACUGUAGUCUAAGACCUGAUCUAUAGAUGACCUAGAAUAGCCAUGUAAUAUAAUGUGAUGAUUCUAAAUUUGUACCUAUGUGACAGACAUUUUCAAUAAUGUGAACUGCUGACUUGAUGGAGCUACUUUAAGAUUGUAGGUGAAAGUGUAAUACUGUUGGUUGAACUAUGCUGAAGAGGGAAAGGGAGCGAUUAGUUGAGCCCUUACUGGGCUUUUAUUUCCACCUGCCAAUUCUACAUGUAUUGUUGUGGUUUUAUUCAUUGUAUGAAAAUUCCUGUGAUUUUUUUUUAAAUGUGCAGUACACAUCAGCCUCACUGAGCUAAUAAAGGGAAACGAAUGUUUCAAAUCUACUUCUGCUUUUCUUAUUUAUCGUAACCCAACUGCUGGUAUGUUUCUCAGAUCAGUACACAUUACUCACUUGUUAUUAUUCUAUUUCCUCUCCGGCUUGCUCUUCCUUUUGCACGGCUUUUCCAUAUUCAUGGAUGCAUUUCAACUCUCAGGUAAUGUGCACCUUCUGUAUUUUACCCUGUCUCCUUGCAAAUGGCAAAGGCAGAGGUGGUGAUUUCUAUAAUGAACAUCCAGAGAUGAAAAGUGACAAGGGCCUUUAUCAAACGGAUUAGCUCUAUUUCUGUACUUAACCCUGGAAAGUGUAUAUUUUAAGUACCAGCUGUUGUCUCUAGGGAUAAACCCAAAAACAUGUUUGGUGUAGGAAACUAUUCUACUGUAGAUGAACUGGAUAUUUUUCUAGGCCUUGCAACAAGAUGCAGACCCCCAUGAUAUGCAAGUCAUCAGGUUAAAUAUGGGAUGAACUCAGCCACUGGUGAGUUUUACUGUCAGGCUGCUCAUGGUGUUCCUAAUGACAGACAAUGCCUUAUCCACACUCUUCCCUCUCCUAAUUUCAGACGGCUGUUCCUAUGCCCAACCACUUGAAUCGCAAGACCCAACAUUAGCAUAGCAUUGUGGAAAGGUUCCCAAACAUAUCUCAGCCCUCUCCCCCAUGUCUCCUCUAGAGAAAAUAAUAUUUGUAAAUGUUGGAAAGGUGAUAGACCUAUCAAUAAAUCAUUACAGCCUGCUAAGUAACACAAGAAACACUCCGCAUGGUCCUAGUUGUACUUUAUACCAGUGCAAAUUUUGUGAAUUAUUUUAUGAACAUACACUGUAAAAACUUACUAUUAUCUCACCCAAAUAUUGUCUUCAUCUACAACUGUGGAUACUGAGCAGUCCUGAGGUUCAGUAGGUAAAUCUGUUUUCAACUUAUCUUCUACUGAUGCGUAAAUUGUGUGGGACAAUUUUAAUCUUGCUGGCUGGAACUGGCACAGAUAUUAGAAUAAUGCAAGUCACGGGUUAACUUUUUACUCUAAUGUAGUGUUUGUGGGUAGAGAGAAAAUCAGAGAUUUUAAGAAACAUUCCCAGCUUUGGGCUGGGAAAACCUGGUUAAGAAAUAAAGGUUUCAUUCCAUAUUGUCCUGAAAGCAUUAAUUCACUUCCCUUCUUGAUGAUACUAAUGGCCAAAAAAAAGUCAUAUUUGAAAUCAAAAUUAGACCAACAAAAAUCAAUGAACAGUGAAAUGAGCAGUUUAUUUCAAAGGAGCUUGUCUCAAUUCAAAAGUCCUGCAAACUAAAUCUGUCUAAAAUAUAUACAAUGAGAUAUUGAGUUGAAAUUCUCUUUCAUCAUUGUAUAUUUUCCUCUACUUUUGGGGGGUUAUUUAGCUAAUCACUGGAUAUAAUUUACAGCCCUAAUAACAUCAUUAUACUGACUUGACACUACUAUUCCCAGCUACACCAUUGUAAUGCAGUAUUAAUUGUAGAAUAUCUUAACUAAAGCAUAGUUUUUACACUGUUUACUUUGUAUUAGUCUUAUAUUUCUGAUCCUCCUUGCUCUUCCUAGUUUCCAAACACAUUAAACUACUAUUAUAAAUCAAUCUUUGUACUUUAUCAAACAGCAGAGAGUAAUAAAGAAGGUCACAAUUCAUAGAGGAGUUCCUUAGAGGUUUGUAACAUCAUGAUUUAAAUCUCAGGAAGAUUUAAUCAAAAGCUGAAUUAAUCCCUGGGGGAAAAGAUGCUAUAUAGAUUCUAUUGAUGGGGACAAAGCAACCUAUUUCUUUUCACUGGUCUCUGUUAACAUGUUGUGGGAAAAGAAUUUUUUGGUGAAAAGAAAAAUAAGAUUUCCUUGGGGAACAGAUAACAUGCAGUAACCUUUGUGUCAUGUUUCGUCUCUUCCUCGGCUGAUUUUAUUCUGUGUACUAUGGUGUUGUCUGUUCUUCCCAGUGCAUAGUUAAUUUAAACGUCCUCCUCCCCCUUGCUCCCCUCCUUGCACGCCCACGUGAUGCCAGCGAGUGUGCAGAGUCCUCAGAGGCUCCACUCCAGUCAAGCAUGUGGAAUGUGUGGGUCACAUGGGCUGGUCUCCAGGCCUCCUCUGUUGUAAUCAGGUGACUGCCCUGGGGCAAAUUCUCUACAUUCAGGGACACUCGAAAUGUCCAGGAAGAAAUGAACAUAAAAUGCAAGUAUUUCAAGGAGCAGCCUGCACUGGAAAGCUCAUUCCCUGUCCAGAAUGCCUGUGAAGGGCACGAGGCCACUGCCUUCCCAUGUGCCACCUUUCUGCCCACCGUCUCGUAGGAGUGUGACCAUACUUCCUUUUAGCACAAAACCCAUUGGUUGCCAUCAGCUCACUUAUACAAGGGGUGAAGUGGAAUUAAUUAAUUGAAAAAAGUGAGAGAACUUUUACAGGAGAAAACCAAAUGAUCUUAGAAUAUUUCCAUGAUUAAAUUAAAUGGAGGUUAUUAUACACGCACAUUUGCACACAAAGGCAAGAACCUUAAAAUAUUGUAUUGUUUCAAAUUUAUGCCUAUAGUCCUGACUGAAGGCUACUAGCUAGUGUGAUCCUCGAAUUUGCAUAUUGACCAUUUGCAUAUAUUUUCGUAUAUUAAUUUCUAGGAGGAAAAAGCUGAAUUAUUCAGAACAAUCUUGGAGUGAUUUAGAAAAAAAAUAUUGUGCUUCUACUCAUUUUUGUACAUCAGGGGCACUUAGCAACAUUAUCUUUUUUUCCCCACAUAGUUUUCUGUGAUGGAUUUUCAACAAGAUGACAUCCAACUGAAAGCCGAAAUUAAAUGGGAAGGAAAGAAUGUUAAGUGGUAAAAUCCUAAAUAGCUUAUUAGACUACUUAAUUGGAGGGAAUUUAUUUUUGCUGCAGUUAGGAACUCUGUAUUCAAGCUUCUCUUUAACAAUACUAAUUGAUGAAAAAAGUGGCUAUAGUAAUAUAGUUAUCACACACUACCCUCUAGCAAGUCAUUUACAGAAAUUUACAGGUACUUUCCUUUGAUCGACUUCGGUGUUGUUGAAAAUCCAGUCUUGUCUUCAUUCGUAUCAUUGCUUUCUCACUUCAUUUCAAAGCAGGUCUCUGGCUUAUUCCUACCAUAGCUUCACAAUGCACUUAAAAGACUUACUUAAUUCUCAAAAGAGGAUGGAGCGGUGCUUAUUCCAAGUUUAACUAUUUAGCAGGUUUUGCAGCUUGAUCACUGUACCUUUUAAUCAAAUGUAUAAGUAGUGUUUCAUAGCGCUCACGGGCAUUGCCCUCUGUAAGUGCUUCCCUGUUUGUUGGCAGGAAUAUGUGCGCCCUAUCACAGAAUAAUGAUUAAUUACUUGCCUCCUAGAGAAGAGUACGUUAGUAAACUGGUCACACAGCAUGUGAUGUGGCUUUGUUACAAUGUGGCUGUGUUACUUUCACGUCAGGUAACUUAUUGAUGAAGUGCACCGCAUGGCCUAAUUCUCCACUUAUCUGUAAAUAUGGGUAAAGCAUCCUGGUACCAAUUCAGUGAGUUUCUUUCCUUAGGGUCAAUGUUAUGAACUGCAGUUCAGACUAUCCAACAGCAAAACAAUUGGAAGGAGAGCAAAAGUGGAGUUCACUACCCAUUGUUUGGCUUCAGCAUCUGGAGAGUGGGAAGAGAUUUUCCAUUUCCAAUGGCAGAUGUGAUGGCAUACAAAGAGAGUGCCAGCGUGCACCUGAUGAAUGCCAUGAUUCAUAGACAGCUCAUAAGAGUUUCUUUGUCCCAUGUUGCCGGAGUUUCAUUGAGCCACUGUGUGCCAUGGCACAGGGCAGGGACUAAGACCAGAAAGGUCACCUGAGAGAAAGGAAAGGAAUAAAUAGAAGGUUAACCAAACACAUUUGAACUUCAGGUACAAAGCAAGGUUUAGGCAGAGAUUUCCCAUGGUUGCUUAUUUACUUUUUAUGCUGACUCAUUCCAUGGGAUUAUAUAAAUAAAAGAAGCAAUUGUACAGCGAGGGUAGUAGAGCUGUGAAGAAGAGAAUGAGCCUUACAAUGCUUGGGCCAUGUGUGGGGGUGGUUCUGUGUCAGCUGGACAGUAAUGGUCUUUAAUGGCCUGGCCUUUGUUCAAAGGGGUUCAUUAAAAUCCUCUUUAAUGCCAUGCCACUAUAUAUUCUUGGGAGGUAAGUAGGGAUUUCCAUAGCCAGGUUUUUGGAUAGAACUUUUAAGUCUUAAUUUUUGAAUGAUAAAGAGCUGACCCUAAAUACGCGUAUGAUAAAAAAGGGUUCUUCCAUUCCAGUGAUGCACUGAUGGAAGGCUUCUUUUAUUUUCUAAUUGAUUCGGUUUUAUUAUCUCAAAGCUGCCAUUUGCAACAAAGGGAGACUUCCUAGACUUUCAGCAUUUUGGACAUGACACUCGAACCCCCUCGAAAGUCAUAUCUGUUGGAUACCAGGAGCUGUUUAACUUUUUUGUGCUGUAAUGAUUUAAAGACAUGAUUUGUAGGUCCCCCCCCCCACACUUUAAAAAUUUUAGCUUUAUCAAUUCCAUUUGGAAACCUGAUCAACUUCGAGAGCUCCUUUCGCAGGGUCAGCGCCUAGUGACACACCUGCUUGUCCUGUUUUCUAGCAAUUCAGCCUCUGGCACUGGUGUGGCUUAAUCUGACCCUUUUCCUCUAACAUCCUCAUUGCAAGGUUAAAUAAAUCUUCCUGUCACAAUAGGAAUUGAAUAUGAAGAGCUGCCCUCUGCUUGGAAGUCCAGUAGAUUCAGUGUGUUAUGAGAGUGGUGUAGAUAAUUAUAAUGAUAAUGUUUACUGGGAAUGUACUAUCUCUUACUCAAUUUGCUUAGCUGUUCAUGUGGAUUUUCUUAAUUAUUUCUCCAACCAAAGGAUGAGGUGGGUAUACAGCUCUUCCCAUUUUAAAGAUGAAAAAUGGAGGCUUAGAGAUUUGGGAAAAUCCAGAUAAUCUCAAAACUUAUUUUCUUAACUCUUUUGCUGUAUAUAAGGUUCCAAGAAAAAAUGUUUGUGUUUGAAAGAUGAAUAUUUUUUCUUUUGGAAGUAAUUUGUUAUUGAAAAGUUUGGGUAGUUUUUUGUUUCCUGCUGGGUAAAGCCAUUCUAGGUUUGUAUAGUAUUAUUCAUUCUACAUUCAUUGAACUCCUCCAAUGUGCCGGAAGCCAUACUAGGAAGUAGGAGCAGAAGGGGACAAUAGCUAUUGGGACCUACUUCAUAGCUAGCUGGCAAUAUAGUGAGAGUAAAUUGAAAUGUGUGUUUUAUAUAAUAGCACUAGGACGCUCUUGCCAGGAAUCUGAGUGUAUCAUUUCUCUAUCAUCUAUCUCUCUAUUUAUCAUCUAUCUAUCUGUCAUUGUCUAUCUACAUACGGUAUUCUCUGGAAAAUACAUUGCUGUAUGUGCAACCAAUGUCUACGACGAUGGAAGCCAAGGAGCCUCAUUUGAAUCAGCAGGAAUGGCACAGUGCUGUGAUUCCACCUAAAAGCACUGAGAACUGUCUUGAGGAAAACAGUAGAACUCUUCUCCACAUUCAAAUGCAUUGACCUUACCACCGAGGAAUUAAAUAACAAAAUUCAUCAAUAGUUAGUCCCUCUUUAUGGUUUUUCAAGCACUUUUACAUUUUCUGAUUCAAGAUUGGAUGUGACCAGUAAUAGGCAAAUUGACAAGCCACCUUUGAACCAAAUGCUUCCUUGUUCCUGUGGCUGUAUUCAUUGUUAUGGCACAAGUCUGGCUUGCAUAUUAGCUGUUCAUGAUUUCCGACCUUCUUGAAAGUUCUCAAAGGUAUUUAUUGGGAUUUCUCUCUAUAAUGCUAAACAUUCUCCAGUGAAGCCUUAGGAUUACCACUGUGGACACUGAUCACCAGAUACUCACAGCCCCUGUUUGUAGAUGGCCCUUUUGGGGUCUUAUUCUUGUUACUGCUGGCACGAACGGUGAAGAAAAGGGGGGGCUCAGUUUCAGCAUUGCAGUACAUGGGCCCUGUCUCCAAUCCGGUGGUCAUGCUCAUUGAGAAUGAGAUCAGUUAAAAUCCUCAAGUGUGAAAAAGGGAGGUUGGUCAUGACUUUCAUCUCUGGAAUUCUAAGAACCUUAAUCAAAAUACUCUGGGGAUUGUGGUUUCCAUGGAACAAGACCGGCUUUUGAGCAACAACUGGUUUAACAAUGGUGGCAAAAAGAGACACUGUCACACUGUUUUAAAAGUGUUGGCAAGUUUUUAUUAGAACACAUUUCAAAUAAACACAUGAAUGCUUAAAUUACAGAAUUGAGCCCCGUGUGUCUACCAUGCAGAUCUAUGAGUUGUUAACAUUUUCCUCAGUAUGGUCAACAUCUUGUAAAUCCCAUACCAUUCUUUUCUUUUUUUGCCUUCCCACAGUGGUAAAUAUGUGAGAUUCUCAUCCAUGUUUUUCUUUACUGCUCCAUAUAUCCAAAAGUAAGAUGUAGUGUUGUAUGUUUUGAAAAUUUUCUGAGCAUUUUUCUACCAUACAUAUCCUUUUGCAAUUUGCUGGUAGUGCCUUUUAAUGCAAAUGCAAUUAGAACAAUUGAGCCUUGGUGUAAGCCAGAAGGAAAUUCUUCUUUGCAGGUGUUUGGAGUUGCCUCAGCAGCUGCUCUAACUGUCCCAGCUAAUCAUUCUUCACAGCGUUCCUGACAUUCAUCUUGGUUUCCUAUUUAUCACUUUGGCUCAUGGUUAGUGCAUUUAUGCAAUAGCUUUAAAAUCUUUGACCCUUGAUCCACACCCUCAUCUUGCUUAUUGAAUGGUUAUAAAGUUGUUCCAAGGGAACAGAAGAUCAUAAACUCACACCAGAAUUUGGAAACCCAUGCCUAGGUAGUUUUGCUUUAAAUAAUUAUUUUAUUUUUCUUCUUUAAGUCAGAGAUUUUUGCCAGACUCCUUUCUCUCCCAUUGCCACUUGUGCAUGGCCAUGCCCUCUCCAGAGAGGACACUGGGGAGCCCCAGUACUGAGAAAUUAUUUCUUGUAAUAGUAACCGAUUAAACUAGUUACCAGCUGGAGAACAUGUUUCAGCACUUAAGUUAAUUGAACUGUUGCAAACUAAAUAUGAUUCUAAAUUGUUUCAGUAUUCCAAAGCACUUCAAGCGUGCAGAUAAAAGUGAAAAAAAUUACCAAAUUGGUUUGGAAUGUGCAAAUCAGGCAUAUAGUGCUGACUUUUAGAUCUAUGACCUGAUAACUCUGCAGUAGGUACCUUGAAAAACUUUGUGGGAUUUUUUUUUUCUUUUGCUUUUGCUGAGCUCUCCUUUGAAACCCCUGAACCACUACUUGAGGUGAUAGUCCAUAAAUGGAAGUCAGGCUGCAAUCAGAAGGGGAACUGUCUGCAUCAAGGUUUUUCUACCAAUUUGCCCAGAAAAUAAUCUCUUCAUGAUUCAUUUCACGGGCCAAAUAAGAAGGGAAUUGUUGAAAGGAGGUUGAGCUUAAUGGAGGAAAUACAGUAUUUUAUUCGGGGAGAAUCUGGCUAGAAGUUGGUUUCUGAGUCUCUUUGGAAGGCAUAGCUCUUGGCAUGGUGGCCCUCCUGUGUCUGCGUCCACUGUACAUAAUCCAUGAAUGUCUAAAUCAAAGAAGAGGAUGAUCUUGAGCAGAAUCUGGAGGGCAAAAGAUGUCAUUUCCCUGUCUUUCCAAUCACUUCUUCUUCACUUCUGCCCUUUCACCCACACACGCAGAGAUGACACGCCACUUCCACUGUCUUCUACUGUUGUGAAUUUUCCAACACUCUCCAUGGAUCAGGUCGACUAGGAAUAAUGAGUUAGUUGUUUGAAAGGCUUAGAUGGGCUGUAAGCCUCUUGAAAGCUUAAUGCAUCAUCUUGAGUCAGAAAUCACAUAAGUCCAUAGCAUUUCUAAUGUUCCUCUAAGGCUACACUUUCUCCCUCCCAAAGGGAACCUAGGGAGAUGAAGUAAAAUACCAUAUCAGUGGAUUGCAUGGACUCUAUUUGAGAAGAUAAAUAAACUCAAAGGACUUGAACUAACAUCAGGAUGGGGUCUUAGUGGACAGAAACAAAAAUGCUCGGGAUCAGAGACAGUAAGACCCUGGCUUCAUGCCACACAGUAGGUGGAGUCUGGGCUAGAAUGCAGUCUGCCAUUGUUUCAGUUACACUACAGGAAUUCUGGUGCCGUAUGUAUGCCAUCAGAACACAAACAGGCAACCCGUUGACAAGAACCAACUCCUGUAGAACAAACUGAGUCCAUAAGACAGCAGGAAUAUUGAUUGACCAAUUAGGCGUGCCCGGAGGGACAGAAUCAGCAUUACAGAUUCGGCAGCUAUGGCCAUACCAUGAGUUGAAAGGUCUGAGGUGGAUCUUUUCUCCAAAAUAUCUCCUCUAUUAUUUAUAAAUAGUACUGGAAAUUCAACAUUGGAUGAUUCAUGUAUUUUUAAAUUAAGCUGGAAAAGAUAAACUAUAGCCAUGGCACUCUGGCUCAAGUAUAUUUCAGAUGAGUGCAGUUGGAUUAGAGCAAAAGUGAGAAAUUUCGAUACCCACAUCCUUGCCAUCUGGAGGAAGCUAGAAUAGUGACACUGGGUAUUCAGAAGGACACGCAGUAUGGUCUGUGCAUCACCAACUUCAUUGUCACGUUGACAUUUGAGUCGGCUCCUCAAUCAUUAAGCAUUUAUUGAAACAUUACUUUGAGCACUGUACUAGACGUAGAAGGGAUAAAUCAUGUAGUACCUAUCUUUAAGAAACCCCCAGCUGAGUCAAGAGCCAUAUAUAGUAUUCAACAAACUUGAAGAGAAAAGCCUACCCUCUUCUAUUCAUCAAAAUGGAAAAAUGAACUAAUAAAAGACGCUGUCCUCAAAUACUCUGUAAUCUAAUGGAUACACAAAAUGUAAUGAGUAUAUAAGUAAGAAAUGUCCCUAGCUGUAUGGGAACAAAUCCAUUACUCAGGAGGGAGGAAG